AUAUACAUAUAGGUUAGUUUGGUUCUAUCAACUUUGAAUCUUUGAUUCUUAACAUAAGUGUAGUUGACGUUGCCUGCUUCCAAUGUCUAUUCCUCCCGUCUAAAAUAUGCAAUGCUACCUUAAAGGCAAUGCUUCAUUGCAUAAAUCAUGUAAGUAUCAAAACAAUUUCCACUUAUUAAUUAAGGUAGAUAGAAAAAUUUCAGUCACAAAAAACAUGUGAGGCCAGCAAUAUUUAACUUAGUAGGUGAGAAUAUGUCAUUUGUAUUGAUGGAAAACUUGCAUGUGUACUGGCUGUGGUAAUCAAUUUGUGAGAAUCUUCCCAAUCCCAUGAAGGAAAAUGUGUGACGAGUAGAUUUCUCAUUAUGAAUUUAUAAUUUUGAAAUUUUGUAUUUAUAAAUUUAUCUCUCUUCAUCGAUACGAAGUUAGAUCCUAUCAAAAUAGUAAAUGAAUAUUUUUCAGAAUGGAGAAUGUUUUAAAGCUCUUUAAAACCUUUCCAAGUUAUAUAAAAUCUAAAGUUUUGCUUGGUUUUAAUUUGCUACUACCGCGCAUUUGCCUCUGUCCCAUCGCGGUUCCAAACAGUCGCUAAAAUGUGGAGGUGAACCGUGAACUGCAAUUGUGGACCCUUUUUAUUUGCCAUGGAGUGGUCCUUACACUGCCUUUGGGCUUAGACAGUGGCCCAUGAUGUGCCCACUCCUUUUCUCCUUGGCAUGACACACACAUUUACGGAUAAACAUCCUCCUUAUCGUGAUUAAACGUAACCUUCCUGUUGGUUGAUUAUUUUUUUGACGUAAUUAAAAAUAAGACAAUGAAAUUCGUACACAUAAUAAAUACUCCAAUUCAAAACAGUGAGCUGUAACAUUCCUAACUUGGACUAAUUGUGCAAGUUAUAUCAGCAUAAUGCCAAAGAUGAACGUUGGAUGAGAAUAAAAAUAAAUGAAGGGAACAAAUUAGUGUUUUUUCAACUUUACAUUUAUGCAUGGUUGAGUGGAAGAGUGGGGAAAGGAUUUGUGCUCAGAAUAAGUGCUUAUUUAAUUAAGUUAAUUUUCAUUAGGUGGGAUCAGAUCAGGUACCAUAAUUUAAAUUUCUUUCCUACCUUGAUUCUAAAAUCAACAACCAUCUUCAAUGUUAUCAUACUAUAUCAAUAUCUCACUUCAAUAAUAGAUAGAUGGAGACAACAAAGUACUUGUCAUGCUUUCAUUUCCUAACAUAAAUAUCUAUGUCCUGUUUGCCUGUGAAACUUUGUCUAUGAAACUUCUUAAAACCACAAAACACAUCAACACAAUCAAUUCUUAUGUGUCCCAAUAAUUCUUAGUUUAGCUAUAUUGAAAACGGUUCGACCUCAAGUUCAUUGAACCAUUUUUUCCGAGGUAUUGUCCGCUUUGGAACAGAAACUACAGGCGUCUUAAGCGUAGUUGACAAGGAGAAUCCACAAUGUCUCUCCAUCAACGCCUCCAUCGUCUCUUACUCGACACAGAUUCAGCUUCAACAACUGCAUCAGGUAACAUGAAUAAGCCAAGUGAAUCUUUUGCAAUCACAGGUGACUCAAAUUUUGACUCCAACAUGGUGUUUAUCUUAGCAGCUUUACUUUGUACACUUAUUUUAGUAUUAGGACUCAACUCAAUUAUAAAGUGUGCUCUAAGAUGUAGUCGCAGGUAUGCUUUUGAAACCCAAGAUCAAAGAAUAGUGCGUUUAGCAUCAAAGGGUUUAAAGAAGAGUGCGUUGCGAAAGAUCCCUAUAGUUGUUUAUGGUUCAGGUAGUAUUAGUUCUAGUUUUGUAGCCACAGAUUGUCCAAUUUGUCUUGGAGAGUUUAUGGAUGGUGAGAAAGUUAGAGUGUUACCAAAAUGUAACCAUGGAUUUCAUGUAAAGUGUAUAGAUAAAUGGCUGCUUUCACACUCCUCUUGUCCUACUUGUAGACAGUCUUUGCUUGAGUAUCCAGCUAGCUCUGAAGCUUCAUCUGUAGCUGUGAUUGUUGCUGCAGCUGUAGGGACAAAUCAACGGCUUUAAAUCAAUGCUCGUGGUCGCAUUGAGAUAUUGGAUAUUACAGAGAAUCAUGAUUAAAUGUAAAUAAAAUAGGCUCAAUUGGAAUGUGAUAUGGUUGCGGAGACAAAAAAAAAAACUUGUGUUCGCGGACCUUUUUUCGGAAAUCCUAGUUUGUAUCCUUGAAUGUUCGAUGUGGAACUUUAUGUUUAUGGUGCACUUGUAUCAUUGUAUGAAGAAUUUCAAGAUAUAGAUGUAUAUAUAAGAGUAGAAAAAACUGUUGAAUGAUGAUGAUUUCUCGAAA